CUGCAAUCGAUUGCUAUCCCUUCCAGGAGAGAAAACAAAGAACAACUUGGUUGUCAGCUAGCGUAAAGAUCCAAACCAUAUAAAUAAUGGGCAAGAAGCAUAAAAAGCACAAGUCUGAAAAAUAUGAAGAGUACGGGGAGAGACCACUUAAAUUGGUUCUGAAGGUUGCUGGAAAUGAGGUGACGACUGGAAGCUCGAGCUUUGAAAACACAUUUGACGAACAUCCAGAUUUAGAGAAACACAAGGACAAGAAAAAGAAGAAGAAAAAGGAUAAGGAAAGGAACGAUACCAUGUCACCAGUUGAUGACAAGAAAAAGAAAAAGAUGACAAAGAAGAAGAAGGGACAGGACGCUGAUACAGACUUGGAUGAUAGGGAGGCGAGCAGGACCCCUAUCCGUUCAGAUCUGGCGUCCUCUUUGAAUAAAGUGGAAGAGAAAGAACUGACCCCACUGCAGGAAGCAUUGAGCCAGCUCAUCAGACAGCUCCAAAGGAAAGACCCAAGUGCGUUUUUCUCGUUCCCUGUGACUGACCUUAUCGCUCCUGGAUACUCCACGAUCAUCAAGCGGCCCAUGGACUUCGGCGCAAUGAAGGAGAAAGUCAAGAAUGAGUAUUACCAGUCACUAGAGGAGCUCAAGGUGGACUUCAGGAUCAUGUGUGAGAAUGCCAUGAUCUACAACAAGCCAGAGACUAUUUACCACAAAGCUGCCAGGAAGCUGCUCCACUCUGGCAUGAAGAUCCUCCGCCCGGAGAGGCUUGAGAGCCUGAGGCAGAGUAUUGAGUUCAUGGCUGGCCUAGAGAACCCAGCCAACUGGUCAAGUAAGACUGGAGAGGUGGGAAACUCAAGCAUGGGUCAGUGUAAAGAUGGCCCCAGCCCCACAGAUCCUAGCGAGACGGCCCAGUCUGCCCCACACACUCCCAGGAAAGACAACGACUCCAAAGACGAAGUGUCCAAGGUCGUCAGUCAGGCAGAGAAGGAGCUUGAGGAGAUCCGCAAGCUCAUUGACGAUUCAGGAGGCAAACUGUCCAACAGAGGGCUGGAGAGUGAGCUGGACUUUGAGAGGAGAAAGUCUGAUGGUUCCACCACACUGGCAAUCCUGAACCCAGUCGACCUUGUAGCUGGAGAUGUGGGCUACUGCCCUGUGAAGCUGGGCAUGAUGUCCAACCGGCUGCAGAGUGGCAUCAACACCCUGCAGGGCUUCAAGGAGGACAAGAGGAACAUGGUCACACCAGUAUCGUACAUGAACUAUGGUCCGUACACCUCCUACGCACCCGCCUACGACUCGAGCUUCGCCAACAUCGGGAAAGAGGACUCUGACCUGAUCUACUCCUUCUAUGGAGAGGAAGCCAGCCUCCAGGGAUCUGAGAGCCUCUCGGAGUUCCUGUCCAAAUCGGAGGAGCACAUGUACAAACUGGCAGACAACCUCCUGGACGCGUUGACUAACGGGGAGCACUCCAAAACCCUGAGAGAGACCUGUCCAGAUGAGCAAGGGCCAACAGAAGCCUCUGAGACUGGAGACAAGGACAUGGAGAUGGUUGAUCCGGAGGCCAGCAAGCAGACUGAAAGCAGACUAGCCUCCCUGGGCUCUGUGAUCGGCCUGGGCUUGGACCUCCAGACUCCACCGGACCUCCUCUCUGAGGAGGCCCAACACUUCCAGCAGAAGUUGGAUGAGACUACAAAGCUCCUCCACGAGCUGCAGGAAGCGCAGAGGGAACGCUUGAGUGUCAAGCAGCCCCCCAACAUCAUCUGCCUGCUAGCCCCAACCACCAAGGAGCUGCAACUGGCUGAGAAGGUGACUGGUAACCUGGCCCAACUGACCAGUCAGGUGGCUCCGGGAGAUGUGAGCAGUGUGUAUGGGAUCAGGAGGGCCAUGGGCAUCGCUAUACCCCUAGAGGCAGAUGAACCACUCAUAGACCUCACCACAGUUGAUGCUGAGCCAAUGGAUACCGUGCCUGAAGUUCAGCAGAUUCCAGUCAUCGCAGUAUAAUGGAAUUUCACAGCAACCAUCCUCCUGAUAACAUCCAAUCUCUGUUGUAGUGUACAAAAAGGUUCUUUGUUUGCAUUUCUUUUAAACCUUUUUAUAUAUAUAAAGCCAUUUGUCAUCUACCUUAUCCAAUCUGAUAUUCCGUGUCUUCGUAAAUCAAGUUGGGAUUCAGCCUUUAAAAAAAUCAACUUGCGAAACAAUUUAUCGCAACUGUACAAAAUGCAAACUCACAUUUAGUCCUCAGACAGCAUAAGAUGAAAGCAACACGACAGACGUUGACUAAGGCCACAGGACAAGUCAGUGUUGCGUAUCUUAAACGUCUGCCGUGGACCUUUUUUUAUCUAUCAAAUCAUUUAUGGGUAACAAUUAAGUAUGUUAAUGUGAUUGUUUUCAAUUAAACAAUGGUCAAACAGUUUCUUAGCUAAAUUUGCUCUUUGCUAGGACUGUCAGUGGUGUGAUUGGGGAGUGGAGAGCUGAAAACAAGCUGUUAUUGGCCGAGAGGUUUGGAACUCUCUUAUCGGUCUUAACUAAUUUACUGCCUGGCCAAAACUCCAUCCCACCAAACAGGCUGAGAUUUCAGGUGGUCUUUUCAAAAUGGCGCUUAUACUAAAAGGGCAUUGUCAUAGUAUUAUUCUAACCUGUGUGUUUAGGUACACAAAGGACACCAAAUAGAAUAUUUGUUUGACCAGCGAUUCCCAUGCAACAUAUAAGACACUGCAGUUUUUUGGCUAGUCAAUGCAAUCUAUACAUUUACAACUAAUAUGGCUGAAGCAUACUGCACUGAGUUAGGCUCAAGAUCAUUUUGUUUGUCAAAUUAAGCUUUUCAUUAGUCACCAGAAUGUCAUUUUACUCUUCAAAAUUGAUUGUACUGUGCAUAUAGCACUUAUUCGUCAGAUUAUUUUUGAAAGACAUACCAUAUAAACUGUCCAUUACACAGUAAUUGAACAGACUGUCCAUCGGUCUCAGCUGUUUCAGGAGGCAAUAUUUGGCUUCAAUAUUUACAUUUAGUCCCAUGGUCGUACAAACCAAACAGAAAUUAUUAGAGGGUGACUGUUCAUUAAAUGCGAAUUGUAUUAAAGGUAGACUCACCGAUAUGACGUAGAUGCCCAAAGUAAACAGCAUAGUGGGUCAAUUUCCACAACAGCGCAAGUUUAAACUUCUCCGCUGUAACAGCGUGAAGGGAACCCGUGCACAAACUGUUUGUGAGAGCGAAGUCUUGCCGCUCGUGACAACGUAAUUUCGCUUAGUCUACCUUUUUUAAGGUCUAGAAAACCAUGGCAGAGUGUGUACUGUCACUCCAUUGUUUUGGUCACCAUUUGCUUGAUAAACAGCUCAGUUUUGAACAGACUGAAGAUGUUUUUGGUACAUCUCAUGAUUCCAGCAAGGUUCUAGGAAUAUCAGGUGAUAGAAUCCAGUAUGACGACGACCAGUGCUUGACGUAACCUCCAUGUCAGUCUAAUUGAAUGCACACAUUAGAACUGGAUCUAAAAAAAAAAACAGCAGCACUAAGCAUUUAUUUCCAAUGAAGAAUCUCCCAAAGGGAUUCCUGGAAACACGAAUAAUCCCAAAUAUAACCUCUAGGACCACAAGGUCAAGUCUUGAUCUUGUCCGGUCAGGAUCAUCGCUGACUGAAGCACUGGGAUGGAUUGUGUGUGCUCCGGUAGGUUUACUCUAAGAAUGUUAACUUAUGUGCGGUCAUGUAAUUAGUCUGUGCUGAAUGCUAGACUGUGUCCUGUGACCGACCCAGCACACGUAUGCGCUACCAGGCCCAGAGUCCACACACAGUAGUGUGCUCACCGUAGACCUCAGCUCAGGCCCAUUCCCUGCUGCUUGCUCAUGUCUGUGCACACAAAGAAGGUUGUCAGCUCGCCUUUUCCCUUGACGUUGAUGAGGCCUCGGCACUCGCAGGAGUAGCCCAGCUUCUGGAGCACGUCUGACGUCUCCUCUGUGACCUGGAGCAGAAACAAGACAAACAUUACUAUGCUGAAUGCAUGCAGCCAUGGUUUUUGUGUGGUUAUAGUUACUCUCCAGCCAGACUAGCAAGGACAAUACUAGGUUGUACUGAACCUGAAUCUUGCCCAGCUCUCCAGUGCUCUCCAUCCUACUGGCCACGUUGACGGUGUUGCCCCAGAUGUCAUACUGAGGUUUUCUGGCUCCAAUCACCCCAGCAAUAACAGGCCCAUGGUUAAUGCCUGUGAAAAGCAGGCAGACAGUGACACAGUGCACACAUAACGAGAUACCUGCUGGGAAUAAACCAGUCACAUACUGUAGAGUAGUCUACCAGAAUGUGAUGACCAAGACACUGACCGAUUUUUAUGCCUGAAAAGAGCAUGAUGACACAGAAAACUGGAAAUAAAAUACAAAUGACAUGCUCAAUUCUGUGAUAUACACUAACAAACAAGUACCAUCAGCUUGUCUGUCUGAGUCAACCACAGGGAGUCAAAGCCAUUUUACAUUUCCGUUUUAGUCAUUUAGCAGAUGCUUUUAUCCAGAGUGACUUACAUGAGCAAUUGGGGUAUCGCAAGGGCACAUCAACAGAUUUCUCACUUAGCUCGGUAAGUCGAACCAGCAACCUUUUCAUUACUGGCCCAACUCUUAACCACUAGGCUACCUGCUACUACCACUGCCAGUUGUUCAUGUUCGAAUCUGCAUUUUAAUAAAAAAUGUCUUCCAGGGAGAA